CGCCCUUUAUUCAACGCGCUGUACGGAGUUUGUAAUACGGAAGUUGGAGAAGAGUCGUUCCCCUUUGAAAACGCUUUCCUUAGAAACAGCGAGUGAUGUUCAACAUGGAGGACACACACACUCCCAAGUAACACUUGGUGCCUGAGAAGAAUGUGAGGCGGUGCUGCAGUAUUAGUGUAGAGACCUGUGAUUCCUUAGAGAAUAAUGGGGACGUAUUUAACACCUGAGUUUGUUGAACGCCGCAUCUCACGGCUGACAACAGUGCCAGAUGGGUGGAACGCAUCAACUAAUCGCACACUGUACCAGCUUGACUUGAAGAUGUGCCAGGUGAAGUCCCUCGUCUUCAGCUUUGAAUGGGGCAAGGAAAGAGAGGGCUUCCUGCCGAGGCAACCCUCUGUCCUUGACGCUCCAGAACGUAUCCUCCGUCUGGAUGUGAGUCUCAACGAGCUAGGCUUCCUUCCCCACGACAGUCUCCUCCCCUUCCGUAACCUCCGCGAGCUGGAUGCAUCGCUCAAUAAACUCAAGAACUUCCAGGGCAUUGAGGUGCUGCAUCAUUUGUUCAGCCUUAAUCUGGCCCACAAUGCAUUGCGGCACAUUGAUGGACUGACAACAAGUUCGUCUCUAGUCGAAAUCGAUUUGAGUAUGAAUGAAAUUCGAGACAUUUCAAGCUUGCCAAGUCUCAUCAACCUACGGAUUCUAAACCUCAGCAGUAACAAACUGAUUAGCUUGGAGGGACUGUCAUCUUUACCCAAGUUGGAAGAGCUCAAUGUUCAGAGAAAUCAGUUGGUGAGUAUAGUGCCGAUCACCAGCUGUCUCCAUCUUCGGAUGCUCAACGCUGCCGAGAACGAGCUGAAGGAACUGGACAGUGUCACUGCCGUCCUUCAGAAGAUGACAUGGCUGCGGGUCCUCAGUUUACAUGGAAACCCAAUAGAUCGAGAACACAACUACCAGACUGACAUCAUCCGAGCUGCAAAUGUCAUGACCCUCGACAACAUCAGUGUCCGACCGUUGCCAAGGAGAGGUGUACGUGGUUUUUGUAUUGAGAAAAGAUGACUAUAAGAUGCGAUAUAUGUCUGUUUUCAUUCCCAGUGAUGAACCCCAGUUUGAAAGG